CCGGAAUUUGGUCUUGCAGCUUCCGGCCAGCUCAGUCUAAUUAGUCUUGGGUGGGCAGGAUUCUGAAUCUGUAGGCAUUGGUCGUCCAAGCUAAGAUGGUGCUUCUAACGAUGAUUGCGCGGGUGGCUGAUGGGCUUCCUUUAGCGGCUUCUAUGCAAGAGGAUGAACAGUCGGGUCGAGACCUGCAGCAGUACCAGAGCCAAGCCAAGCAAUUGUUUCGGAAACUCAAUGAGCAGUCUCCUACCAGAUGCACAUUAGAAGCUGGAGCAAUGACUUUUCAUUACAUUAUUGAGAAAGGAGUUUGUUAUCUGAUAUUAUGUGAAGCUGCUUUCCCCAAAAAAAUGGCUUUUGCAUACCUGGAAGAUUUGCACUCAGAAUUUGAUGAGCAACAUGGAAAAAAGGUGCCAACGGUGUCCAGACCCUAUUCUUUCAUUGAGUUUGAUACUUACAUCCAGAAAACCAAGAAGCUGUAUAUAGAUAGCCGUGCAAGAAGAAAUCUUGGCUCCAUUAAUACAGAGUUACAGGAUGUACAAAGAAUCAUGGUAGCCAACAUUGAAGAAGUCUUACAACGAGGCGAAACUCUUUCAGCAUUGGAUUCCAAGGCAAACAAUCUGUCCAGUUUGUCCAAGAAAUACCGCCAGGAUGCAAAAUAUCUGAACAUGCGUUCCACCUAUGCCAAGCUCGCUGCUGUUGCUGUGUUUUUUAUUAUGCUGAUUGUCUAUGUGCGGUUCUGGUGGCUGUAAGAGAUGAAUAGGCCCCAAAGAGGGAUAUUUAAUAAUAGCAAGCAUAUCAUCGUUAUGUAGCCAAGAUCACAGGAUGUUCAUUAGAAUCUGCCUAGAGAUGUCCUUAUAAUGAGAAUUGCUGCUAUUUCCAAAUGUCAGAGCUUGCUGAGAUUCCUCUGUAGCAGUUAUAUGCUUGGAAGACAAGACAUUUCUCCAGCUUACAGAUUGGAGUAACCUAAUUUGAUCUAUCUAUUGUUAUUCAGCACUGGUGAUAAUUGACAUAUCCUAAAAUAAGUGCAGCCCUGGUAGUUAGGGGUUUCUAAUGGACAUUCUAGAGUGUGAGCCUUAUUAAUUGAAGAGAAAUUCCUGUUUCAAGGCUGACGUGUGUGUACAUAACACACACUGAUUUUUUAGUUUGUCCAGUCAAUACUGAUUUUAUAUUAUCAAAACUCUUGACUCAUUACCUGUUAAUUUAGUAACUGCAUAAAAAUAUUGCUUCAUCUGGCUUCUGUGACUGAUAAGUGAAAUGGGGAAAUAAUUUGAGUUCACUUCACUGUAAAUAUUUGAGCAUCAUGCUAAACUAUAGUUCAGUGUGUUAUGACUGAGCUACAGCAGCAAGUGUUAGACGUACUUCUGAACACCUGGGGAAAUACUUCAUCUUUCACUUCUGAUUUAAUUGUGGAUUGUCAUAUCAUCUGGACCAAAUUAGGUUUAAUUUUAACUAUAGCUAAUUUGAAGUCAUCCAGUUUCAAAAGCAGAAGCUUUUGGCCAAUUCCUCAUGACUAGGCAAGGGAAUGGAAAAGAGGAGGGUCCUCAGGACCAAGAUUCACUAAGGCUUGUUUACCCUGUGGCUUAGUGGCUUGUUUACCCUGUGGCUUAGAUGUGGCCUUUCUCUGUUUAUUUUACAUUGAGUUGCUAAGUGCCCUCACAAAUGUUACAGUCUGUAAGAUCAUCUGGAUAUCCCUCCUUGCAAAAGAACAUUGGAAGAGCAGGCUUCUUCCUGAGAACUUGAAUAUAUAUUUUGAAAAAUUAACCCCUCUGUUUCCUAGAACUUUGAUUCUAAAUUCUGUAUCACAAACGAUAAAUUGCCAUGGAGCAGAAUCUGUAGUGAAAUUACCCUCCACAAGGUAUGCAUAUCUAUUUUGGGAAUUGCCCAGUUGCAAGCAAAUUCAGUUCCAUGAGUCCAGUUAUGUCAUAGAAAUUCUGCAAAAUAAACGGAAUAGCUUCUCAGUUCUGACAAGGCCAAAGAACUUUAAGCUCUAAGGUUAAAGACUGUUGCCAUCCACAUGUCAGCAUUGAAAUAAAUGUACUAAGUAAAUCUUG